CCUCGAUUUAGGAAGGAAACGAGUUCUAUUCGGGCUGAUCGAUGUAUACUACCCAUCAGAAUCUCCACGACUACUCGACCUCAAUCAUUUAACGCUCACACGUUGGCAGUGACUAAUAAUUGAUUAUUGGCCACUGGCGUAAAAUAAUGAUUCUCCGUGGAACUAGUGCGCACCACCUCGGUCCCAAACUACGGUUUACAGGCGCUGCCCUGCAACUACGUCAUAUUCAACCCCUACGCCAAAAAGCUGAAUUACCUUUUCGGCGCAACCUCUCAUACUCGUGUACACAACUCACAAAAAGGGUUCUACAUGCAAACUCUACGACAAUGGCAGCAACAGACGCUACUGUAGCAAGGACAUGGGACAAGCGACCUCCCUAUGCUUCCAUAGAAGGGGCAGAAACGUUUGAGAAGAAACUCGAGGGCAAAUGUCAAUGUGGCCGUGUAAAAUACUGGCUUAGUCGCGAUGCUCCUCUAACUGCCAAAUACUGUCACUGUCGUGGCUGCCAGCUUCUACAUGGAGCGCCGUUCCAAUGGGCUGCCAUCUUCCAUAAGGAGGACAUGAUGUUUGAGAAUGGCACGAAGGAUCUAGUGUUCUACAACUCGGGGGGAAACACCCUUGGGCACGAUCUUCCUUGCAAAGUGAGCUGUGCGCAUUGCCGGUCGCCGAUAUUUGACGAGGGCAGGCGCAUGGUGCUGCUAUUCCCUACACUCAUCAGAUUUGAGGACAAGAAGCAAAGAGACAAGUUCUCCCCGCAGUGUCAUAUAUUCUACGGGUCUAGGGUAGUAGAUAUACCGGAUGGCAAACCGAAAUGGGAUGGUUUAGACAGCAGUAGCCUAUUGCUUGAUGAUAUGCCGUGACGGGUUAGGUCAGGUCUACGAACCAAUAGCGAUAUAAGUUGGGUA